AUGUUCUCACUCUCUGAGCAAGAGAUUCAAGAUUUAAUUGAUAAGCACAAUGGGAAAUGCAUGAACAAAGAAAAUACUCCAGAAUAUGAUUUAAAAACUGUGGUUGAAUGUGGAUUGAUGUUUUUAUACGGUAAACAACAUUUAAAAGGUGGUAAAGUAGUUCAGUGUGCAGAAAAACUCAAUUUAUACAAGAAACAUAAGUGCAGAGAGGGUGACAAGAAGAUAUGUAAGCAUUAUAAAUCUAGAUUUUUGGAUAUUACUAACAUCAAUCCCCUUGAAAAGACACAAAAUACUCUUAAAACAUGUUGGACUGGUCAUAAUCUUGCAAUUUUGACUGCCGAUUUCACACUUCAAGGAUAUUUUAAAAGGGAUUUGCUUUUUCAAAAGAAAUUCCCACCUGCGAGUUCGAUAAUUGCAGGAGCAGAUAAAAUCUGUGUUGGUUUAUUUUCUAGGGGAAGUUGUUUAUUUUGA